AUGCCCUUCAACCAUGGAGCACAAAACGCCUAUCACCCCUUGACUAAUCCAAAUGGAGUUGUGAGCUUCUCAAAUGCCGAGAACUGGCUCGUCCAUGAAGAAUUCACUCAUUUCGUCAACGCACAUAACCAAUUCGACAAAUAUAGUUGUGCGUACGGCGAGGGUUACACCGGUACCAGGCGUUUACGAAACGCCACGGCGAAGCACUUAAACAAUCAUUUCAACCCCGCUCAAGAAAUAGAUCCCGAAGAUAUAACCUACGCAGCUGGCGUUACUGAUAUCAAUGAAGUCUGUGCCUUGGUUACCUGUAACCCUGAUAAUAAUGAGUCUAUUCUGUUAGGCAAGCCCGUAUACGGAGCCUUCGCUCGGGACCUCGUAAUGAGGACUGGUGUGGUCUUAGAGUAUGUAGAUGUCGGAGAUACGGAUCAGUUCUCGCCCGACUGCGUGGCUGGAUACGAGGCGGGUUUUGAAGCUGCCAAGGCUCGUGGUGUUACCAUCCGAGCCUUGAUAAUAUGCAACCCGCACAAUCCACUAGGGCAAUGUUACCCUCGUGAAACUCUUAUUGCGCUCAUGCGUCUAUGUGCGGCCAAAGGAAUACACCUCAUCAGUGACGAAAUCUACGCCUUAUCUACCUACGAAUACGAUGAUCGCCCGUCGGAGAAAUUCGUUUCAGCACUAUCAAUUGAUCUUACUGGUAUUAUUAGCCCGGAUCAGGUUCAUGUGCUAUACGGCAUGGCUAAAGACUUCGGCGCAGCCGGAUUACGAUUAGGCUGCGUGAUAUCGCGGAAUAAGGAAUUUACGAAAGCAACACGCGCAAUAUGUCGUUUUUCUUCGCCGUCUCAAUAUGCAAUGGAACUUGCGGCCAAGUUCCUGGAAGAUCAAAAAUACGUCGCUGAGUUCCUAAAGAAAUCCCAGAGUCUGUUACUUCGGAAUCGCUUGCUAGCGGAAGAUCUCCUUUCGCAGGCGGGUAUCAAUUUUCACCGAAAAGGAAACGCGGGACUCUUUAUCUGGCUUGACCUGACCCCCUUUCUGCCUCUGAAGGAAACUGAUGGGGAUGGUUGGGCGGCUGAAAGGCUACUGUCGAAGCGCCUGAAUGAAGCGGGGGUCAUAAUGGCAACCGGAGAAGCUUAUCACGCGCCGGGUCCGGGCAGAUUUCGACUCGUAUUCUGUUUCGAGGAUGCUAUUCUCAAAGAAGGGAUUAGAAGGUUGGAUAUCGCAAGUCUUGAAACAUUAACAUUGUGCUCUAUUAUUCGACAAAGCAAAUUGUACCACCAGAGUACUGUCCGGAAGUCAGCCGGAGUCACCAAGUAUAUUAAGCACCACCAGCGAGAUAAAGACCGGAGAUUAUGCCUUCAUUCCUAG